AUGCAUGUCUCAUCUCUUCGUCAAGCUGCUACCCUUGGCAUGACAUUUUAUGUCGCAGCUACUGUUGCGGCACCCGUAGCCUUGCCAGCUGCUGAUAAUGUUGAUGAAGCAGCUGGGAUCGUUGAGGCCCCCGAUGACUUUGUUGCCGCGCGCAACGAACCAACCUAUUUACGGGGUGAUACGGACAACGAAGUCCAGCAGGGUCAAACCCCCGAUAAGCGCGGCAUUGACGAUGAUAUAGGAAAACUUUUCAACAAGGGCAUUUCUGGGACUGGUGAUAUCAAGGGCAGUGGCUCUUUUAAUGAAAAGAACGGCCAAUUCAAAGGCGACAUCAAGGGUAAUAUCGAUGGAGGAAAGCUUGGUAAAGUCAAAGGCGAAAUCAAGGGUGAUGGCUCUGUCAAUGAGAAAGGCGCAAAAGUCAAAGGCGACAUCAAGGGCAGUGUCGAUGGAGGGAAGGCCGGUAAAGCCAACGGCGAAAUCAAGGGUGGUGGCUCUGUUAAUGGAAAGGGCGGCAAAGUCAAAGGCGAAGUCAAAGGCAAUGUUAAUGGAGGAAAGGGUGGUGGAUCUAAGACGGGAGAUAUCAAAACUGGCAGUGGCAAUAAGGGCGGCAACAAGGGCAGCAAGAAGGGCGGCAAGUAG